AUGGAACUGAUGAUGUAUGGACAGGUUAAAGCAGAUGAAGCAGAAGAUCAGACAAUGGAUCACAGAUACAAUGAAUUCAAGCUCCAGGCAAUUAUGUCUGAGCAUAAGAAGACAAUCACAGCUAUAUCUUGGUGUCCCCAUAACCCUGAUGUAUUUGCAAGUGCCAGUGCAGAUAACCUAGUGAUCAUUUGGAAUGUAGCUGAACAAAAAGCUGUUGCAAAACUGGACAAUACAAAAGAGUUUGUAGCCUUAAUUCAGCUGCUGGAAAUUGGAGCGCACACUAUAAACAAGGAAAUAUGGUACCAGCAGUUUCUGCCACUUAAGCUUCUUCUGGACAAAAGCAAAACUAACUCUGAACAGGAUCCACAAGGUUCUAAGAGUCAGAAACAUGUCCUAAGACCAGAGUCUCUUGAAGGGACAGAUGAAGAGGACCCAGUUACAGCCUUGGAAUGGGACCCUCUGUCGACCGACUACCUUCUUGUUGCUAAUUUACAUAAUGGCAUUCGACUUGUAGAUUCUGAAUCUCUCUCCUGUAUCACUACAUUUAAUUUCCCUAGUGCAGCAGCAUCAGUUCAGUGCUUAGCCUGGGUUCCUAGUGCACCUGGAAUGUUUAUAACUGGAGGAACAGAAAUUAUUUUAACGUACUCUAGGAAAAAAUACAUAAACCAAGAAAAGGACUGGAAAACCACUCCAGAUUCUCAGGUCGGUGUAUUACGUAUUUGGAAUGUAUCGCGUACAACACCUAUAGACAAUUUUAAGCUGAAGAAAACAGGGUUCCAUGGGUUACAUGUGCUCAGUUCUCCUCCAAAAAAAAAGUCACUUUCAUCACAUUCUCCUACUAAAAAUCAUCAUACAUCAUCUACCAGUGAAGCUGUUCCACCCCCAACCCUAACUCAAAAUCAAGCAUUUUCUCUUCCUCCUGGCCAUGCUGUUUGCUGUUUCAUGGAUGGUGGAGUAGGGCUUUAUGACAUGGGAGCCAAGAAAUGGGAUUUCCUUAGAGAUUUGGGACAUGUUGAGACAAUCUUUGACUGCAAAUUCAAACCUGAUAAUCCUGACCUUCUAGCCACAGCGUCCUUUGAUGGGACAAUAAAAGUAUGGGAUAUCAACACUUUAACAGCAGUUUACACCUCUCCUGGUAAUGAAGGAGUCAUUUAUUCCCUUUCGUGGGCUCCAGGGGAUUUGAAUUGCAUAGCUGGCGCGACAUCCAGAAAUGGUGGUUUUAUCUGGGAUGUUCCAAAAGGGAAAAUGAUAACCCGGUUCAGUGAGCAUGGAAAGAAUGGAAUCUUCUGCAUUGCCUGGAGUCAUAAAGAUUCCAAAAGAAUAGCGACCUGCAGUGGUGAUGGAUAUUGUAUUAUUCGAACCAUUGAUGGCAGAGUUCUUCACAAGUACAAACAUCCAGCUGCAGUUUUUGGCUGUGAUUGGAGUCAAAACAAUAAAGAUAUGAUAGCUACUGGCUGUGAAGAUAAAAAUGUUCGUGUUUAUUACCUAGCAACCAGCUCUGAUCAACCACUAAAGGUUUUUAGUGGGCAUACUGCAAAAGUGUUUCAUGUACGGUGGUCUCCUUUAAGAGAAGGAAUCCUCUGCAGUGGCUCUGAUGAUGGUACCGUUCGAAUAUGGGAUUAUACACAAGAUGCUUGUAUAAAUGUUCUUAGUGGACAUACAGCACCCGUACGGGGACUGAUGUGGAAUACUGAAAUCCCUUAUCUGCUAAUAUCAGGCAGCUGGGACUAUACAAUUCGUGUGUGGGACACAAGAGAUGGAACCUGUUUGGACACCGUUUAUGAUCAUGGGGCAGAUGUAUAUGGAUUAACUUGUCAUCCAAGCCGUCCAUUCACCAUGGCAUCUUGCUCUCGGGACUCCACUGUGAGACUUUGGUCUUUAACGCCUCUAAUAAAUCCUCUCCAAAUAAACAUCCUAGCGGAUAGAUCUUGGGACGAAAUUAUUGGAAAUACUGAUCGUGCUGUGGAAGCAGGUGCUCCUCCUUUGCUCUGUGGUAAGGUGUCCAGAGAUAUUAAACAAGAAGUAGACAAACUGAGUGGUAAUACUCGAGGGAAAAAACUACAGUGGUUUUCAGAAUGUUUGUCGCCUCCAGGAGGCAGCAAAAAUUUGUGGGACCUAGUUGCUGUAAUAAAAGGACAGGAUGAUAGUUUGCUUCCACAAAACUACUGCAAAGGGAUUAUGCAUAUGAAACAUCUGGUCAGAUUUAAAAUGUCCAAAGCACAAGAACUAACAACUGUAAAGAUGUCCAAAUUCGGAGGUGGUAUUGGUGCACCGAGCAAGGACGAGAGGCUGAAGGAAGCAGCAGAAAUACAUUUAAGAUUAGGGCAAAUUCAGAGAUACUGUGAACUUAUGGUGGAACUUGGAGAGUGGGACAAAGCACUCUCAGUUGCACCAGGUGUGUCUAUGAAAUACUGGAAGAAGCUAAUGCAAAGGAGAUCUGACCAGUUAAUUCAGGAAGAAAAUGAUGAUGUCAUCCCAUACUGCAUAGCUACUGGCGACGUGAAGAAACUAGUCACUUUUUUUACUUCAAGAGGCCAACUUAAAGAGGCUCUGCUUGUUGCACAGGCAGCUUGUGAGGCAAAUAUGCCUACCCCACAGCUCUCAACAUCAAAUGGAUCUUUUAAUCCUGAUGGAAACAAUAUGGAAGACUACAAUGAGCUCCUACACAAAGUCAGUAAAGAACUGGCAGAGUGGUAUUUCCAGGAUGGCCGUGCAGUGCUUGCAGCAUGUUGCCAUUUAGCUGUUGAAAACAUUGAGCUUGCCAUGGCACACCUGAUUCGUGGAAAUGAGCUGGAGUUGGCAGUCAGUGUGGGUACUGUCUUAGGAGAAAGUGCAGCGCAAGCAACACAUUAUGCUCUAGAAUUACUAGCAAGAAAAUGUAUGACAGUAACAACAUGGGAUUUGGCAGCAGAUCUUCUCAUGAUGACACCCAAUAAUGAACUGCAGUUGGUAAAACUCUGUGCUUUCUAUCCUGGGUGUGCGGCAGAGAUAAAUGACCUACAUGAAAAGUGUAAUCUACCAGGUGUAGAAGAAUGUUUGCAGUUGGCAGAGACAGCUGAGGGAACUGGAGAUUUAUUUGAAACCAUAAAGUAUUAUUUGCUAAGUACAGAACCAGAAAAAGCCCUUCCUAUUGGCAUUCAGUAUGUUAAAGAACAAAUUAGUAGCUCAGAUUGGACUUUGGAUUCAGUAUGCCCAUACCUUGAUCUUCUAAGCUAUAUACGCACAGAACGAUUGGUGCUGCAUAAAUGUAGUGAAUUUCGGAAUGAGCUGCUGAUACUGUGUGGUUACAUUGGUGCUUUACUUGCUAUAAGGAGACAGUACAAUAGCAUUGUACCUGCACUUUAUGAAUAUACAAGUCAGCUUCUAAAACGACGGGAGGUAUCUGUACCCCUGAAAAUUGAAUGGCUUUCUGAUGAACUAGAUGCAUGGAGAGCUUGUACACAGUUAGUCAAAUCUACCGAUGAAUCACCAUAUACCCCUCCAUCAGAUUCCCAGAGAAUGAUUUAUUCAACACUUGUAUCACGAAUGCAAGAGGAGCCUCUGAAAGGACUGAUUGGACCGGACUAUGUUACUGGAUCUAAUCUUCCUAGUCACUCAGAUGUUCACAUCUCUUGUUUAACAGGAUUAAGGAUACAGGGGCCUGUGUUUUUCCUUGAAGAUGGAAAAUCGGUUAUUUCUCUGAAUGAUGCUUUGAUGUGGGCCAAAGUGAAUGCCUUCUCACCAUUAGGAACAGGAAUACGGCUCAACCCAUUCUAAGACUGUUUUCAUUGUAAUCUCUAGUGAUUGAAAUGAGCAACAUCCUGAAGAUUAAUAUUAAUUUUAAUCUUGAUCAUCAAGGACAGAAAGAUGGCAGUUCCUUCCUCCUGAAGGACAGUUACUUGAAUUUUACAAAUUGUAAAAAAGAAAAUGAAAAGGUUUUUUUUUUUUAAAUCUCUCUCUCUCUCUCUCUCUCUAUA